AUGUCCAAAGCUACCGUUGCUAUGAUAGCAGCUGCCAGCGCUGCGACUGGCGCUGCUCUCACUGCGUUUAUGUACUCCUCUAAGAACCGCCAACAGCAGCUAGGUUCACGUCUUCCACCACCAGCUACAACAACCCCCCAUCCCAAAUCCCCCGUCCUCCAACCGUCCCUUUCUCCAAAAUCCCCAGUCGACCCCGCCGGCCUGUUCCAAUAUGGCUUCCCCGGCCCAGUGGCAGACAUAGUUACCAGCCUCCCACUCACAAGCGCAUUCGACCGAAGAACCCGCAACCCCUUCUGGGUAGCCGAGCACAUCACCCCCGAGUCCCUCGCGCAGAGCAAUGGCGAUCGCCGCAGAAGCAACUUCUUCGAAGAGCAGACCAUCCCGCAAGCCUUCCGCGCCCGGCUGAGCGAUUACUUCCGCUCCGGCUACGACCGCGGCCACCAGGUGCCCGCCGCAGACGCCAGGUGGAGCCAGGACGCGAUCGAUGCCACCUUCUCCCUGGCGAAUAUGUGCCCGCAGGUCGGCGAGGGCUUCAACCGCGAUUACUGGGCCCAUUUCGAGAAUUUCUGCCGGCGCCUGACGCAGAAGUAUCCCUCCGUGAGAAUCAUAACGGGACCCCUGUACCUGCCCAAGCGCGAUCCGGCCGACGGGAAGUGGAAGGUUACGUAUGAGGUUAUAGGGAAUCCGGCGUCGGUCGCGGUGCCUACGCACUUUUACAAAGUUAUCUUUGCGGAGGAUGGGACCCCGGGGGGGAACGUCAGCUUGGGUGCCUUCGUGUUACCCAAUGCGCGCAUUCCGAACGAAAAGAGCCUGUCUGAGUUCGAGGUCCCUUUGGAGGUCGUGGAGAGGGCGAGUGGGUUGGAAUUCGCGUCACUGCUUCCGGCAGAUCGGAGGAAGAAACUCUGCAAGGAGGUUAAGUGUGAGAUCAUUGUUAGGCAAUUCGCGGAAAGCAGUAAUAAUACGGCGAUCCGCUCUCCUUGA